ACGUGGCUUCUCUACAGUCCUCUUUUAGAUUCUCCUCCCUGUCCUCUCAAAGUUGAUAAAACCAUCCAACUAAAUACCCAUUUUUGCUAGAGAACCUUAAGCUUCAUUCAUAAAUCUACCUACUUUAAUUUCCCACCACCACCACCACCACCACCACCAACCUGUUCACUGUUCAGUUUCUAGAGAAAGAGAUCAGAACUAAUUGAGAUGGCUGCUACCUCUGGUGCAGUGCUAAAUGGGUUGGGAUCUUCUUUCUUGUGUGGAGGAAAGAGAAGCCAGCAGAGGUUGUUGUCUGCUGUUGAUGUUGGAGCCAGGGUGGGUGUCGCUGUUGGGCCUAAGAAGUUGAUUAAUGUGGUGGCUGCUGCGCAACCAAAGAAGUCUUGGCUUCCUGGUGUGAGAGCUGGUGGCAACUUGGUCGAUCCCGAGUGGCUCGAUGGCUCACUCCCAGGUGACUAUGGUUUUGAUCCACUGGGACUAGGAAAGGACCCAGCAUUUCUGAAAUGGUACAGAGAGGCCGAGCUCAUUCAUGGGAGGUGGGCAAUGGCUGCUGUUGUCGGGAUCUUUGUCGGCCAGGCAUGGAGCGGUAUCCCAUGGUUUGAGGCUGGUGCUGCCCCUGGUGCAGUUGCUCCCUUCUCCUUUGGGACUCUCCUCGGCACGCAGCUCCUCCUCAUGGGCUGGGUUGAGAGCAAAAGAUGGGUGGAUUUCUUCAACCCCGAUUCGCAGUCCGUCGAAUGGGCAACACCGUGGUCGAAGACUGCUGAGAACUUCGCCAAUUCCACAGGGGAACAAGGCUACCCGGGUGGCAAAUUCUUCGACCCAUUGGGGUUAGCCGGCACGAUCAAGGACGGCGUCUACAUUCCGGACGUGGAGAAGCUGGAGAGACUGAAGUUGGCUGAAAUCAAGCAUGCGAGGAUUGCCAUGCUAGCCAUGCUAAUUUUCUACUUCGAGGCUGGACAAGGGAAGACACCUCUUGGUGCUCUUGGCUUGUAAAUUAAGAUCCACACUUCGAAUAUAUAUAGUUAAUUUGAAUCAGAGGCAAGAGAUUCAUAA